AUGAAAUUUUCUUCCGCUCUAGUCCUAUCUGCUGUUGCCGCUACUGCUCUUGCUGAGAGUAUUACUACUGUCAUCACUGCUACCAAGAACGGUCACGUCUAUACCAAGACUGUCACCCAAGAUGCUACUUUCGUCUGGGGAGGUGAAGGUUCUGCUGCCACUUCUGCUGCUGAAUCCUCCGCUGCUGCAUCCUCUGCUGCUGUAACUUCUGCUGCUGCAACUUCUGCUGCUGCAUCCUCUGCGGCUGCUGCAUCCUCUGUUGCUGUCACUUCUGCUGUUGCAACUUCUGCUGCUGCAACUUCUGCUGACGAAGGCUCUGGUUCCAGUAUCACUACUGUCAUCACUGCUACCAAGAACGGUCACGUUUAUACCAAGACUGUCACUCAAGACGCUACUUUUGUCUGGACCGGUGAAGGCAGCAACACUUGGGCACCAAGCACUUCCACCAGCGCAGAAGCUACAUCUUCUGCCUCAAAGACUUCAGCUACCACUGUUGCAACUUCAGCUACCGCUAAAUCAUCCACUACUGCUCAAAUCUCAAGCUUCACUGGUGCUGCCGAUGCUAUCACUGCUGGUACUGGUUUGAUGGGUGCUGCUCUUGCCGCCGUCAUUUUGUUAUAA